AGAGUAUAGAUAGUAACUUUGUGGCUUUGUGGAUUUUAUCGCACGCGAAUUGCUGUUGUAUUCGGUUUUAAUUUGCCUGAGUGAUUAUUACAUUACAAGUGAGAACGGGAUACAGAAAUCUAGAAAUAUUGAAUGCGUUAUUGUGAAUCAUUCAAAAGGAAACUAAUUUUGACCUUCAGACAAAUACGGCAGAGGUAACGGGACAUCGUAUGUAACAUUUUGUCUGUCGCCAUUUUGUUUGUAACGAUUUGUCAAAGGUCAUAACGCAAAAAUGUUCUUAUAAUCCAAAUAACCUACGUUAAGUCACAUUAAAAGCGAUGGCAGAUAAUAAUUCUAAAGAACCUCCAAUACAGACUGUUAGUGGUUUGCCACAUAAUCAUAAUCCUUGGAUGUAUAACAUGUACCACCAAUACAAUGGAUAUCAUGGUGGCAUGUAUCCACCGUAUUAUAAUCAAUAUUUCAAUCAAAUGGCCAACAACGGUGGAUUUGCCAGCAAUCCUCACCAGUUUCAUCAAAACAAGGACCAGAAGCUGGAUCUGAACCAUCCUCAAUUUUCGAAACCACCACCAACCACUCCUUUACUUGGAAUGUCCCCACUUGAUACCAAUCGCCCUUUUUUUAAUCAACCUCCUAUCAGGUUUAACCUCAACAACAUAAGAAAACCGGCACCAAUAGCUCUUAAUGAAAAUCCACUCCUCUCAACCAAUAAUGGCCCUAAAAAGAAACGUAAGAAGCCAAAUAACAACAAAUUUAAUGAUGAUAAAAUAGAGAGUGGAAGUGAGGUACAGCCGCCGCUGCCUGAUCACCCACCUCCUCUACCGCCUCUCCCUCCUCCAGACAUCCCUAAGCCUCCUCCACCACCCCUAGAUGUACCACUGCCCCCUCCACUGGCAACUGAAGAUAUACCUCAACCACCAGAACCAGAAGAGCUCCAAUCUAAUAACAAUGAUAAUGCACAAGCUGAACAAAUUGUUCAAAAUAAUAAUUCAUCUAACUUUUUUAAAUCUACUGCUACAGGCACUUGGCCUGAAAGCUUAGAGCGCUAUAUCAAAAGAUGCUAUGAAAAAUGUAAAUCAGGUUUUGAUAGAGAUCAAAUUGAUAUAUGCCUAAAAGGAAGAAUAACAGCAGCUGCCAAUAAAGAUGAAAUAUGGACUAGGAAUUGGGAUGAAGAACCAAUUCCAAGUGUCCAUAGUGAACGGAACAAUUUGUCAGUUAAACCAGUACGAGGUACAUUAAGUUUGUACCAAAAGUUAGAAAAUGCUGUGGAACUUCCCAAAAGCAGAGGCCCAUUAGGUGCUCGAGGUUUUAACAGUCACAGAAACACUCAACAACGUAGAAGGCGUCUCAGCUCACGGAGCAGAUCAAAAUCGAGGAGUCCUACUAGGAAAAGGCUGAGUGCUUCUUCUGCUUCUGGUGAUGAGGUUGAAGAUAAAAAAAAUAACAAGGGCAAAGGUCGUCAGAAAGUUAAAGAUAGACUAUCUUUAGAUCAAAAGAAAAUAGAUAAAGUAUAUCAGAAAAGUGCUAAUAAGAAGAAACCUUCUUUUGAUCAAUUUGUUGUUGAAGAUUUACAGGGUAAUGCAGAAAAACUUCUCAAACGGGCUGAGAGGUUCGGUAGUGCAGGUAAUGUUCCUUCCAUAGCAAGCUCUUUACAGGGUGGAAACAAGAAACAAGAACCAACACCAAGGAAAUCAAUCAUACAGGACACUGAGGGUGACUAUGAAAUCAAUAACAUGCAUAUAGUAGGCACAUGCUUGGAUAUUGAAAAAUCCUUUUUAAGACUGACCAAGGCACCUGAAGCAUGCGAAGUGCGACCAGUCACAGUUUUGAGAAGUUCCCUCAGGAAUGUUAAAGAAAGAUGGAUAGACAAACAAGACUAUAGAUAUGCUUGUGAUCAAUUGAAAUCAAUCAGACAAGAUUUAACAGUACAAGGUGUUCGUGACAAUUUCACUGUGGAGGUAUAUGAGACUCAUGCAAGAAUAGCUCUUGAGAAAGGUGAUCAUGAGGAGUUCAACCAGUGCCAGACACAGCUCAAAAUGCUUUACAGUGAAUUGCCUGAUAGCAAAAGCAAUGCACCAGAAUUUACUGCCUACAGGAUACUGUAUUACAUUUUCACUAAAAAUACAUUAGAUUUAACCACAAUAUUUCAGUUUCUUUCAAAAGAAGAUAGAGAAAAUGAGUGUAUUAAACAUGCACUACAAACAAGAUGUGCUUGGGCCACAGGAAAUCUACACAAAUUUUUCUUGUUGUAUAAAACGGCUCCCUUGAUGGCAGGAUAUCUCAUGGACUGGUUUGUUGAACGAGAACGCAAGCAGUACCUGAAAUACAUCAUAAAGUCCUACAGACAGAGUGUUCCUGUGGACUUCAUCAUUCGAGAGUUGGCGUUUGAAUCAAGCUCUAAAGCAGUUGAAUUUUUAAAUCAAUUCCCACUUUCGUAUACCGAUUGCGAUCAAUCUCAAUUGGAUUGCAAGGCGAGUCUUCCAGCUGUUUCGAGUAUAUAACAUUUCCUAUUUGAUAGCCGUCCUGUUAUAGUAGCGUGUUGUUGCGUGGUAAUGUAACGAUUAUGGAGCUGCACUUUGUUUGCUGCGUGCCUGUCAGCCAGUCAGCCAGUCGUGAUCAUCGCUCAACAUAAUUUACAUCUUAAUUUUAAGCGCUUUGCUAGGAUGAGGCGGCAUAAUGAAAAGUGGCAUAUUCAGUUGUACAGCAGAAAAGGCUACAAUAUGAAGAACCCAGAAUAAAUACCGACAGUAAACAGCUAAUAUGCACAAUGUUCAGUGGGAAUCUAUAAACAAUUUAUUUUAAUGUGAAGUGAUAACAGACUUAAAGAAGACUUUAUUUGUACAGUGUACUACUGAAUGGACUAAGUGUUAACGUUUAUCUCAUACGGUUUUUGUAAAUAUUCCGAUUUUAUGAUUGUCUAUUUCAAGUUUUAUUUGUAUUAAUUAUGAAAUAUUUUUAAAGCACGCAAAUAAUUCUAUUUUAGAGAUAGUCUUAAUAAAUGAUUCUGGUUUUUACAA